GUGAAUAUAAAGAAGUCAUGGCAGUAGAAAGAGUCGAAACGUGUUAAAUGUCACGCAGGCAAGCGUCCGUAGUCGUGUUCGACGUGUUUGCUGUAUCAGACGAGCGAGCAUUUGUUGCAUAAACGUGGACAACGAGGUCUUCGAAUGCCGACCGUCGUUGCGCAAUGGCUUGUUUGUAAUUUUCUCACUCGUGUGAGUAUCAGACAAAUGGCAUGCACAAGAUGAUGGCUAUGAGAAUGUCUAUAAGUCACACUCCACAGUAAUGGACCGCCUACCAAGUCAUUACCGCCAUGGACAGCCCCGAUCUCCUGUCAUACUACAGUCCAGACUGAAAUUUUAUGCUGCCAGCCUCUUCGUAUGCAAGUGUCUGGUCGCCCUGUCAUUUGUCAUCAGUUACGACGUUCUAAAUUAUCUUCAUGUUGUCCAGUUCCUGUUUAUUGAAAGAGUUAUUGCUUCCGUCGCGCUCCUUUUCAUACAAAAGCCAUUUUCGGCGGGAAAACGUCUUUCUGCAAAUCAGUGGUUCUCUGUGGUUCGUCAUGCGGUCAUCAAUUCCAUACUGACUCUCUCUGUGCUGUUUGGUCUGACUCAGUGUGGGCCAUUGCGAACUGUGUUAUUGUCACAAAACAGUGAUCUGAUAGUUAUUGUGGCAUUGCGAGCACUUUUUACAAAUGCAGGAGGGCACGCAAAGUUUCGGGGAGCCGUUUGUGUAGUGCUUGGUGUGCUGUCUCUGCUACUACUUGAUUUUGACGACAAUGAAGCUGUACCCACGGAGCACCCUGAAGGUCACCACCACCAUGGUGUAAGCCAUGCUUUCUAUUACAUCGUAUCAUGGCUUGGUGUCGCUGAUCACAAGGGUGGCGUACUUCUCCUGACAUUAACCAUGUGCCUGCAGACCGGGUUUCGUACCAUAUCGCGAACUGUUUCCAUUGACAUUGGUGGAGCGAAACGUCUCAAUGCCCUUUCAAGCCUUGUGUCGACAAUUAUUCUUGCUCCAUUAGUACUGCUGCUACAGUUCUUGACAAUAGACGAGGCCCCAUCUUGGUGGAACUUCCUCACUCCACUUCUAUUUUCAAGCACGAUUUUCUUUGUGUUGGACUACUACGUGGAAUCCGUCUGCGCUACGAAGCUCGAUGUACCUCACAGUGCCAGGCUGGGAACUCUGACAGUAUUCUCAGCUUCUCUUAUAUUUGGCUGUAUUUGGGGAGCUAAGAUAUCUGGAUUUAAUUCCCAAUGGAGUGACGGUGCAUCACCACCGCACUCGCUUUCGGGAGGAUUGAUCUUCGCGUGGGUCAUGUUUGUGCUUGCCACAGUAAUACUGGCAUCUCCAGACACAAAAGGUUCAACAGCAACAUUUGUAGGCUAUUCAAGUAAAGGAGACCCCCUGUACAACUUCAACGGGGAUGCCUUGCAACGUCAGCUCUCGCAGUCUCUACCAUCACUAAUCAAGCAGGGCUUGUCCCAAAUCAUGAAAGAGUCAGAUUCCAGAAGGAUCUUCUAUUUUCUCUGUGUCAAUUUGAUAUUUACUUUUGUGGAGCUGCUGUAUGGGAUGUGGACCAAUUCACUGGGACUGAUCUCUGAUGGAUUUCACAUGUUGUUCGACUGCUCCGCCCUCGUGAUGGGGUUAGCAGCAUCUCUGCUUGCAAGGCGGACAGCCUCAAAGACAUUUCCUUACGGCUAUGGAAGAGUAGAAGUCCUCUCGGGGUUUGUCAACGGCAUCUUUCUCGUAGUUGUUGCCUUUAUGGUGUUCAGCGAAGCUGUCACAAGGAUUUUUGAUCCACCAAAUGUUACCACUGAACGUUUGCUGACAGUGUCAGUAGCAGGUCUAGUCGUCAACCUUUUCGGAAUCGCCGUCUUUCGUCACAGCCACGGUAGCCACGGCCAUUCUCAUUCUCAUGGACAUGGGUCUAGCCAUAGCCACAGUCACAGCCAUUCCCAUGGGCAUGGUCACUCACACAAUCAUGGUGGAACUCCAAAUGCAAACCUUCAAGGUGUCUUUCUGCACAUACUAGCAGACACGUUGGGGAGUGUCGGAGUGAUAGUGUCGUCAUUCCUGAUUGACCAGUUUGGGCUUCUUGUAGCCGACCCUCUCUGUUCAAUAUUUAUAGCAGUGCUCAUCUUCAUUAGUGUCCUUCCACUGUUAAAGCAUUCAUCUGUGAUCCUACUGCUGAGAACACCUUUGGAACUUGAAGAACGGCAACUCUCUGUUGCCCUAAACAAGGUCCUGAAGAUCGAGGGUGUUUUAUCGUACAGCAAGGAGCAUUUCUGGAACCACACUAAUGAUGUGAAAACAGGGACCAUUCAUGUUCAAGUUGCUAGGGAGAUUAGUGCACAUAAAGUUCUCAACCAGGUUAGUGCAAUCUUCAAGGAACUAGGAUUUCAAAACUUCACAGUCCAAGUAGAGAAAGAAGAGUACUUCCAACACAUGGCUGGACUGCGGAAUACAGCUGCAACGAACAUGCUCGUGCACUCUGCAAAUUCCCACUCAAUCAAUGGAACUUUGCCUGUGAUGAUUGUGAAAGCUGUAUGAUCACACAAUAAGUAGCUAGUUUUUAAGUUAUCACCUGUCUUGUACAGAUAUUGUGCCUCUAUUGAGUUCUAAUAAACAGAGCUAGGAAUAUUUUUCGACACAUGAAAAAAACUGUGGUCUUGCAAAAUGUGUGGUAUUAGCCAUAGCCUGGUUUUCAAAAACUGAUGGUCAGUCAGACCUGAUUGUUACAACUUGUAAGAAAACAUGAGGCCUGACUCGGAGUACGAAAAAAUGAGCACCUCAUAGGUAUGUCACAUUGUGCAGGUCUUAUAGUGAAUUGCAUACAAUCAAUGGCAUUAAAUAUUUUUGUCAAUGUUG